GCCUUGGGAGCCAGAGCGCCCGGGUUUUCAGUUCCGUAUUCUAAUUGCCACUUUCCCCGCGACCGUGGGCACGCCAGCUAUGCUGUCUAUGAAGCCACUGUCUCCUCUUGGCGUGAGCGUCAGGGGCGGUGUCUGCUUCCGUGUGCGGAUGAGUCUUCCAGUCAUGAAUGUAACCAGCGCACCGUCCUUCUCUACGGAGUGGGCAAGGAGCGUGACCAAGCGAGACACCAGCUGAAGAAGAUUACCAAAGACAUUCUGAAAAUCCUGAAUAAGAAGAGCACCUCAGAGACCGGGGGAGAUGAAGGACACAAAGCCAGGAAGAACAGACAGGAAGCGUUUCCAACCCUGGAGACCGUGUUCACCAAACUUCAGCUCCUUUCCUACUUUGAUCAACAUCAAGUAACAUCUCAGAUCUCUAGCAAUGUGCUGGAGCAGAUCACCAGCUUCGCGUCCGGGACCUCGUACCACCUCCCGCUGGCCCACCACGUGCAGCUCAUCUUCGACCUCAUGGAGCCCGCGCUGAACAUCAACGGGCUGAUCGACUUCGCGACACAGCUACUAAACGAACUGAGUGUCGUGGAGGCCGAGCUGCUGCUGAAGUCCUCCAGCCUGGCCGGGAGCUACACCACGGGCCUCUGUGUCUGCAUUGUGGCCGUCCUCCGGCGUUACCACAGCUGUCUGAUCCUGAACCCUGAUCAGACGGCGCAGGUGUUUGAAGGGCUGUGUGGUGUGGUCAAACAUGUCGUCAACCCCUCAGAGUGCUCCUCUCCUGAGAGAUGCAUCCUCGCCUACCUCUAUGACCUCUACGUGUCGUGCAGCCACCUCAGAAGCAAAUUCGGAGACCUCUUCAGUAGUGCCUGUUUAAAAGUGAAGCAGACCAUCUAUAACAACGUCAUGCCUGCCAACUCCAACCUGCGAUGGGACCCGGACUUCAUGAUGGAUUUCAUCGAGAACCCUUCCGCACGGAGCGUCAACUACUCCAUGCUGGGCAAGGUCCUCAGCGACAACGCGGCCAACCGCUACAGCUUCGUGUGCAACACGCUCAUGAACGUGUGCAUGGGCCAUCAGGACGCCGGCAGGAUCAACGACAUAGCCAGCUUCUCCUCCGAGCUGACCGCUUGCUGCACCGCCCUCAGCUCGGAGUGGCUGGGCGUUCUGAAGGCCCUGUGUUGUUCUUCCAACCACGUGUGGGGGUUCAAUGAUGUGCUUUGCACCGUGGAUGUGAGUGACCUUUCAUUCCAUGAUUCACUAGCUACUUUCAUUGCUAUUCUGAUAGCACGACAGUGUUUCUCCCUGGAGGACGUGGUGCAGCACGUGGCUCUGCCCUCCCUCCUCGCAGCAGCUUGCGGAGACGCGGAUGCUGAGCCCGGGGCCAGGAUGACCUGCCGCCUCCUGCUCCACCUCUUUCGCGCCCCCCAGGCCUGCCUGUCGCCUCAAGCAACCGGCAAACCCUUCCCGGGAAUCCGCUCAUCCUGCGACAGGCACCUCCUCGCGGCCGCGCACAACAGCAUCGAGGUGGGAGCGGUGUUUGCCGUGCUGAAAGCCAUCAUGAUGCUCGGAGACGCCAAAAUCGGCAACAACAGCGUCAGCUCUUUAAAGAGCGAGGACUUCGCCGUGAGGGGCCUACGCCGCGACGGGAAUGGCGACGAUCUCUGGACGGCCUCGCAGAGCGCGAAACCCUGCGGGAAGGGCAUUUCCAUAGAGACGGCCAAUUUGAGGGAGUAUGCGAGAUACGUACUGCGGACCAUCUGUCAACAGGAGUGGGUGGGAGAACACUGCUUGAAGGAGCCCGAAAGGCUGUGCACGGACAAGGAGCUCAUCCUGGACCCCGUGCUGUCGAACGUGCAAGCGCAGAAGCUGCUGCAGCUCAUCUGCUACCCGCACGGCAUCAAGGAGUGCGCGGACGGGGACAACCUGCAGCGGCAGCACAUCAAGCGCAUCCUCCAGAACCUCGAGCAGUGGACGCUGAGACAGUCCUGGCUGGAGCUGCAGCUGAUGAUCAAACAGUGCCUGAAGGACCCCGGCUCUGGCUCGGUGGCCGAAAUGAACAGCCUGCUGGACAACAUUGCGAAGGCCACCAUCGAGGUGUUCCAGCAGUCGGCCGACGGGGGCGGCGCGUCCACCCCGGCCCCGGGCCUCUUCCACCCCGGGGGCAUCGCGGGCGCCGAGGCGGGCGGCCCCCGGCCGAACGGGAUCAAGACCUUGCUCAGAUUUGCAGAGAUGACCAUCAUGAAAGGCAGAGCGGGUUUUAUUGCACCAUUUGGGUGUCAGGGGACGCUCUGCCGUGACGGUGAGAGCGGAGGAAAGGGCGUGACGCCUGCUUCUGGUUUCAGCUCCUCGGAGCGCAGGGGGGUGUGGCUGGUGGCCCCCCUCAUCGCCAGGCUGCCGACCUCCGUGCAAGGGCGGGUGCUGAAGGCCGCAGGCGAGGAGCUGGAGAAGGGGCAGCACCUGGGCUCUUCUUCCAAAAAGGAGAGAGACAGGCAGAAGCAGAAAAGUAUGUCUCUCUUGAGCCAACAACCAUUCCUCUCCCUGGUCCUUACCUGCCUGAAGGGACAAGACGAACAGCGAGAAGGCCUCCUGACUUCUCUCCAGAACCAAGUGAACCAGAUCCUGAGUAACUGGCGAGAGGACCGGCACCAGGACGACGCGAAAGCGCGGCAGAUGGUGCACGAGGCGCUGCAGCUCCGCCUGAACUUGGUGGGAGGGAUGUUCGACACGGUGCAGAGAAGCGUCCCGUGGGCCGCGGACUGGGCCCUGCUGCUGCUGCAGACCAUCACCUCUGGGCCCGUGGACGUCCACACCGACAGUGAAUUAUUCACAACAGUUCUUGACAUGCUGGGUGUUCUAAUCAAUGGGACAUUAGCCUCGGACCUGUCGAACGCAUCCCCGGGGGGCUCUGAGGAGAACAAGCGUGCUUACAUGAAUUUAGUCAAGAAGCUGAAGAAAGAGCUCGGAGACAAGCGGUCCGAGAGCAUCGACAAGGUGCGGCAGCUGCUGCCUUUGCCAAAGCAGACCUGCGACGUCAUCACCUGUGAGCCUAUGGGCUCCUUGAUCGACACCAAGGGCAACAAGAUUGCAGGAUUCGACUCCAUAGAUAAAAAACAGGGUCUCCAGGUCUCCACGAAGCAGAAGGUGUCCCCGUGGGAUCUGUUUGAGGGCCAGAAGAACCCCGCUCCCCUGUCCUGGGCCUGGUUCGGGACGGUGCGGAUGGACCGGAAGGCCAUCAAGUACGAGGAGCAGAACAGCCUCCUCCUGUAUCACACGCACCCCGUGCCCAAGCCCCGGAGCUACUACCUCGAGCCGCUGCCCCUGCUCCCUGAGGAGGAGGAGGAGCCCGCGUCCCCCAUUUCUCAGGAGCCAGAGAGGAAGUCAGCUGAGCUGUCGGAUCAGGGGAAAACCACAGCUGACGAAGAGAAGAAAACAAAGGGAAGGAAGCCCCCGUGGUGUACCCACAGCCCCGGUGGUGUGUCCGCAGCCCCGUGGUGUGCCCGCAGCCCCGUGGUGUACCCACAGCCCCGGUGGCGUGUCCGCAGCCCCGUGGUGUACCCACAGCCCCGGUGGCAUGUCCGCAGCCCCAUGGUGUGCUCACAGUCCCGGUGGUGUGCCCGCAGCCCCGUGGUGUACCCACAGCCCCGGUGGCGUGUCCGCAGCCCCGUGGUGUACCCACAGCCCCGGUGGCGUGUCCGCAGCCCCGUGGUGUGCCCGCAGCCCCGUGGUGUACCCACAGCCCCGGUGGCGUGUCCGCAGCCCCGUGGUGUACCCACAGCCCCGGUGGUGUGUCCGCAGCCCAGUGGUGUGCCCAGCAUCCCCAGUGGCGUGCCCAGUAGCAUUGCGAACAGCUUGAGAAGCCGUUUUGGGAGAAUUAUCCCGCCGAGGCACUGUCCUUAUGAACGGAGCCAGGGCGAUAGCUUUUGA